CGCGUAUGCGUCACGCGAAGUGACGUCAGACCUCGGAACAAGCAUGGCGGUCCUGCUUGAAACCACACUUGGAGAUAUUGUUGUUGAUUUAUACACUGAUGAAAGACCGAAAACGUGUCUGAAUUUCUUGAAGUUAUGCAAGAUCAAAUUCUACAACUACUGUCUAUUCCACAAUGUGCAGAGAGACUUCAUCGCUCAAACUGGAGACCCAACUGGUACGGGUCGUGGAGGAGAGUCCAUUUUCUGCAAACUCUAUGGGGACCAGGCCCGCUUCUUUGACUCAGAGAAAGUCCCCAGGAUCAAGCACAAAAAGAGGGGCAUGGUGUCCAUGGUGAACAACGGCAAUGACCAACAUGGCUCUCAGUUUCUCAUUACAACAGGGGAGAGCGUGGAUUAUCUGGACGGGGUUCACACCGUGUUCGGGGAGGUGACCGAAGGCAUGGAGGUCCUGAAGAAGAUCAACGAGGCCUUUGUCGACAAAGACUUUGUUCCUUAUCAGGACAUCAGGAUUAACCACACUGUGAUCUUAGAGGAUCCUUUUGAUGAUCCCCCCAACCUGCCUGUUCCCGAUCGUUCUCCUGAGCCCACUAAAAAGCAGUUAGACAGUGGUCGUAUUGGAGCAGAUGAGUCGAUAGAUGACUAUGAGGGCAAGACCACUGACGAGAUGGACGAAAUUCUCAAGGAGAAAGAAGCCAAGACUCAGGCCAUACUGCUGGAGAUGGUGGGUGAUUUGCCAGAUGCAGAUAUGAAACCUCCAGAGAAUGUGUUGUUCGUCUGCAAACUGAACCCUGUCACCACUGAUGAAGACCUGGAGAUCAUCUUCUCUCGCUUCGGAGCCAUAGCAAGCUGUGAGAUCAUCAGAGACUGGAAGUCAGGAGAGUCUCUGUGCUACGCCUUCAUAGAAUUUGAAAAGGAGGAGGACUGUGAAAAGGCAUAUUUCAAAAUGGAUAAUGUGUUGAUUGAUGACAGACGGAUACACGUGGACUUCAGCCAGUCAGUGGCCAAGAUCAAGUGGAAGGGAAAAGGUGGAAAGUACACCAAGGAUGACUUCAAAGCUUACGAACAGGACAACAAGACCAAGCUGGCCAUCAAAGACAAAGCAAAGCCAAAGCAAGACUCUCGGUAUGACCUGGUGCUGGAUGAAGAGGAGGAUGAGGAAGGCGGGAGCCAUCAGGCAUUUGACAAGAAGCAGAAAGAUAAGAAGCAUCACCACCUACACCUGGCUGAUGAUGAAGAUGUCAGAAAGAUGCCUAAGAAACCUAAGGAAAGCGACGAGAGUCGAAGGAACAAGAAAUCGGGUCGUCCGCAUUCCCGCUCCCGCUCCCGCUCCAGGGACAGGGACAGGGACAGCCACCACAAACACCGCGACAAGCACUCGGACCGGCACCGGGACAAGCACCGGCACGAGAGCAGCGACAAGAGCCACAGCCGCCGCCACCGCAGCCGCAGUCGCAGCCCCAGGAGGCCCAAGGAGAAGGAGCGCAGGUGAGGGGGCGGCUGGUGUCCCCUCUCUCCUUCUGGAAGCACCGCACAUAUGCCCCGCACAUGGAAUGCCACCGUACAUCAGUCACUGGCCACCUACAAGUCUGUAUCUCUGCUUGCAUCUCUCUCUCUCUCUCUCUCUCUCUCUCUCUCUCUCUCUCUCUAUCUCUCUUCUCUCUUCUCUCUUCUCUCUCCUCUCCUCUCCUCUCCUCUCUCUCUCUCUCUCUAUCUCUAUCUCUAUCUCUAUCUCUAUCUCUAUCUCUAUCUCUAUCUCUCUUCUCUCUUCUCUCCUCUCCUCUCCUCUCUCUCUCUCUCUCUCUCUCUCUCUCUCUCUCUCUCUCAACGACCAUUUGCUAAUGAGAGCCUCUCAAGUCUCCACAAGUCUCUCUCUCACUCCACUUCUGUGUCUGACUUUAUGAAGGACUGUCAGCCGGAGUAUUAUCACAUCCCUCAGAGAAUGUAUGGCUUUGGCUUUGACAGGUGCUGUCGGAGAAGACAUGGGAAUAAACGAACAACUUCACACACAGGCACAGAACUGCAGUGUGUUUUGCUGGCGAAUAAGAUUUUUAGGUCUUUAGAUCAGUCGUAUCAUUUGUCAUUUGUCAUUCUGGGAAGGUGGUGUUAGUGUAAAAGGAAUCAUGAUCUGAUUUUUGAGAGUGUGUCCUUGUCCGUGUUUGGAGAAGAAUAGUGAAAACUAGUAAUAUGAAAUGAAUUCUCUGUAAAGUACAGUGUUUUCCCUAUGUUUAUUUGAGGCCAAUUAACAUUAAAACACUCAGUGAUUCAUUAAA